CAUCAAUCGGCCUACGGCCGAAUGGCGGCAGUGCUGAUAUUCAGUACAACAGCACUCCCUCUCGUGUGAUAUUGCUUAAAUCCAGAGACCUCUGCACAUGGCAACGGUUGCUAACAACGGACCAGCAGCGAGUCAAACAGAGAGGUAACGACACAGUGAGCGACACACUGGAGUUCCAGCACGUCCGUCCUUAUGCAACUAUGCGGCGAGGACGAUCAGCCAGGAGCUCCCACUCAGAUAACAGCGAUAUGGAUAUCGAUGGCAUUGCGGAAACAGAGAUGGGUAAACUGCAGAGACAGUUCAGGAUCAUGGAUGGAGACCGGCAGGCCUACACUAUUCAAUCUCAGGAGCUCAUACGAAAACAACGGCAGGAGUUGGAGAAGCUGAAGAAGGAGCAGGAGGAGCUCCAGCGUAGCCUCAGGGUGUCUGAGAACGUGUCGCGCAGACAGCAAGACAGUGGGAAGCUCCGCUCCCUGCUGGAGCACAGGGACCUGCUGAAGGAGGAGCUGGAGCAGGAGAAUGAGAUUCAGAGAGAGCUACAGAGAGAGAUUUCCGGCUAUGAGAAGAAGCUUUCGGAGGUUCAGUCAGGCGUGCUCACCGCUGGUGACGCACAGAGAUCCCAGUUGCGGCAGGCCCAGAAAGCCAUACGCACUCUGGAGAACAAAUUGGACAGAGCCCUAGUUCACUUUAAUGAGCAGCUGACCAAAAACAGCCACCUGAGAGAGGACCUUGAGACCCUACGUGUUGAGCGCGCUCGCUACCAUCAAAUCCACCAUAGGCUAACCCAGGAGCGGCAGGGUAUUCGCAAGGAGAUCGGGGAAAUGAUCCACCUGUCUACUAGUGCAUACGACGUCAGACUUGAGGCCCAAACCAAGAUGAGCAUGAUGAGAGAGAAGGCGGUGAAGGACCUGGCCCAGUACAACACUGAGAUGAAGGAACUGGAGAGAGUGAUCGCCCACGAGCAGCGCCUCAAGGAGUUCAUGACGGCCAAGUGCAGCGAGAGGAGUGCCCAGGACGAGGGCCAGGAGAUGGGCCGCAGGCAAUUUUCAGAGAUGAGGGAUCAGCGGAGGACGGACUCAGGGGAGCAGUCGGUGGACAUGCUGCAGAAAGUGUUUGAGAGGAUUCAGGCCGUAACCGGGGAAGAUAACCUGGACAUGCUGGUGACCAGGUUUGUCCAGGUUGAAGACCGCAACUUUGCGCUCUUUAAUUUUGUGAAUGAGCAAAACAAUGAAGCCGAGGCCCUCAGGGAACAAAUCCACCAGAUCCGGGGUGAAAUGGAGCAGUUCCAAGUGGAGGGUGUACAAAAGGAGCAGGAGCGCCACGCUUUGCUGAAAGAAGGGGAUCAACAGCAGAGAGAAACAGAGGGCAAGGCUGGAGAGUAUGAACAGCAAGCUAACGCUGUUAGCAAAAUCCUUGACCAGAUUAAAACAGGGGUGAACCGUAUCUUCUCCAAAAUGGACAGUGACCGUUCAGCCAUAGACGACUUGCUGGGCUCCACAGCGGGCAUCAAUGAAAACAACAUCAUGACCUACCUGGGUCUUGUCGAGCAGAAGACCAAUGAGCUGGUGGCCAUGCAGGCCUUCCUCCGCUCCAAGGAUACCGAUAAGGACUACAACCCUAAGGACCUGGCCACCUUUAUAUUGGGUCAGAAUCCAGACAUGCUCAGGCAGAGUAACGCCAUCCAAACAACAAUUACUGGAGAUGACCACGAGGCAGAGGAGUCCCACCUCACGGAUGAGGAAGAAAGGCCUCUUUCUCAGGGAGAGCUUCGCCAGAGAAUAAUGAAAGGGGUGAUGAGGAAGGAAGGCUCGCAGCAGCAGGGAGCACAGAGAGGCCAGAGGAGCGGAGCCAAACCCGAUAGUGGACCACUCUCCCUGGAGGCCCUCACCUUGUAAAACCUGGAACCCGGGAGUUCUCCUCAGGCAGCAGCCAGGUCCCCACGUUUCUUUCCCUCCCCCACCCUAUUCCCUUGUGGGCUGUGUCUCUCUGUGUGUGUGUGUGUGUGUGUGUGUGUGUGUGUGUGUGUGUGUGUGUGUGUGUGUGUGUGUGUGUGUGUGUGUGUGUGUGUGUGUGUGUGUGUGUGUGUGUGUGUGUGUCCCUCAUCUCAGCUGUGGUUGCUGUGCAGAUGGCGCUUUGUUGGUGCUUUACAAUGGGACUAAGGUCAGUGCGCCUCCAACCAUCAGCACACUGCAGGUUCUCCACUCCAGCUGUCCUGAUGCUUGACGUGGACCCCCAUCCACAACCUCUCCCUGCUCCACACCGGCCCCACCGCCACCACUCCAUCUUUGUGCAGAGCAGAUGAGGAGAGGGUCUUUAAAACACAGAAUAGGCCACACGCUUGCUGACGACGCGAUUGGUCGGACCGUUUUGCAUCUCUCAUAGGGACACGGACGUCUUCUUCUUCAAGGCUUCGAGUGCAUUUGUAUAUAUUAAUUUGACGUAUGUCAUUGUUCAACACAUUUUGUGGUGAUAUCUCUAAUCCAACGCACAAGCCAGAACCUCAGACCAGCUGGGGAAAUGCAAAUCCACCAUCUGCCGUGUGAUCCCAUAUCAACCCUUGUCCAUAAUUAGUCAUAAGAGCUAAUGUCAUGUUUGCUCUGCACUCAUCGGAUUAUCGGGAUGCUCUGUAACCAGGAGAGUACACAAAUGGUUUAUUUAAACUAAUUCAGAAGGAUCUAAACCACAGCUUAAAUGACAACUAUGAGCAGUCACAACGAUAUGUAUGCUAUAAUAUAGACUUUCUCAGUUCCUCUCCGACUAUUACCUUCAGCCGAAAGUGAUCAACUGCUCUCAACCUAAUUAAAUAUUUUCAAAUCAAAGUUCAUUGCUGUCAGGUCUUGUAAACCAAAUGUGAUUUCUAACGGACGAAUAAAAGUAAUGUGACAAUCAAA